AUGUUGAAAAUAAAAAAAUUAGUUAAAUUAAGAAACAUAGAAGAAGAAAAAAAACAAGUAAAUAAAAUAAUAAAAAAAAAGAAAGAAAUUAAAUAAAAAUCUAAUAAACAAAUUAAAAGAGUUAUAUUUUUUAAAUUUAUUUUUAUUUUUAUAGCUAAAAAUAUUACAAACUAAAACAAAUAAAUUCUUUGUUUUACACUAGACAAAGUGUUAACUUUGAGAGAUUAGUACAAUUUUCUAAAGCAGAACCUAAGACUAAUACACCUUAAUCACCAAUUUCAUUCUCACUUUUUAAAUAUUGAAAAAAAAAAUAUAUAUUUAAUUAAUUAGUUAUUUAGAAGGAAAAAUAAAGAAAAAGUUGAAAUAAUAAUAAGUAAUGAAUUAAUAAAUAAAUAAUAAAAGCAAAUGUUGAAAAUAAAAAAUGAGUUAAAUUAAGAAUAUAGAAGAAGAAAAAACACAAGUACAAUAAAAGAUAAGGAAAAUAAAUUAAAUAAAUAAAAAGCUAAUAAACAAAUUAAAAUAAUCAUAUUGUUUUAAAUUCAUUUUUAUAACCAAAAUAUCACAAUCCAAAAGAAGCAAACUUUUUAUCAACUAAAUGUUUUAGUAGGAAAAAAUAAGUAAAAAUAUUAAAUAAUAAAAAAUUAAUAAUUAAUAAAAAUUAUAAAAGUGAAAAUUAAGUUAAAAUAACCAAAAAUAAAAUGA